AUGGUGACCAUCGAGGCGGAAGAGGCAAAACAGAUCGACUUCCCCGACGGAGGACGCGAGGCGUGGCUGGUAGUUGCCGGAGCUUGGUCUUGCUCCUUUGUUUCCUGGGGCUACGUCAAUGCCUUUGGUGUGCUGGCCGAGUACUACCUGCGGACAAUUUUGGCAGACAAAACUAGUUCCGAAGUGGCGUGGAUUAGCUCGUUGCAGUACUGUCUGAUCUUCGCGGUUGGGUUGUUUACGGGUCGCCUCUUUGACAUGGGCUACUUCCGGCCCACCAUCCUCGUGGGAAUGGUCCUCUGGGUCUUCACUCAGAUGAUGACCUCCCUAUGCAAAGAGUACUGGCAGUUCAUCCUCGCCCAAGGUUUCGGCCUAGGCAUCUCCUUCGGGAUCGUCUUCUCCCUCUCCGUGGCCGUUCCCGCGCAAUGGUUCUCACGGCGGCGCGCGACCGCCUUUGGUAUCCUGGCAACGGGAUCGAGCAUGGGGGGCGUCAUCUUCCCCAUUAUGAUUAAUAAGCUUCUCCCUCAAGUGGGCUUUGGAUGGACUAUGAGGAUUGUCGGAUUCAUUGGAGUCGGGAUGUUGACAUUCUCCUGGUUCACGCUCAAGACCCGCCUGCCGCCUAGCAUAGACGUGAAGGCUGUUGGAUGGAAGAACGUCCGAUUCUUCGACCCGGCCGCUUUCAAGAUGCCGGCCUUCACCUUCUUCUGCCUCGGCUCCACGCUGGUUCUUUUCGGACUCUACACUCCCUUCACCUACAUCGACAUCUGGACGAGCCGACGCUCCCUGCCAAUCCCUGGCUACUAUCUCUCGAUCCUUAAUGCGGCGAGCAUCUUUGGACGUAUCAUUCCAGGAAUCCUCGCCGACCAUAUUGGACGAAUGAACUGCCUCCUGCCCAUGCUGUGGCUCAGCGCAGUUUUCGUCUUCAUUUUCCCGCUCUGUGACUCCAUUGGAGCACUGAUCGUCUUCUCGAUCCUUUUUGGGUUCUCCACGGGGGCAUACGUAUCGCUCAUCCCUGCCUCGGUGGCUCAACUGGGCCCAACAGCCUCGUACGGGACGCGCUUGGGGAUGCUGUUCAUGGCCAUGAGCAUUGGUGGUUUGCUAGGCACCCCCAUUUCUGGGGCCAUUCUCGGGGAUGGUCAGGGAGAUGCCGAGUGGUGGAAGACGAUGGGCUAUGCGGGGGCGAUGGUAGUAGGAGGAUGUGUGAGCAUCACCGUGGCCAGGCAGCUAGCAUUGAAGAGCUGGAAGCCGUGGGGCAAGAUUUGA